CGCUUUCCGCGCCAUCUAGAACUCACAAAAGGCACAAUCCGCCAAGGAGUGAAACCUCAAACCAGCUCAUCCAUCAAUUUUCCAUAUUUACAUGGGAACCCCAUCGAUAAUCACCGUUUAAAAGAUGGCCAAUCGCCGGGCACAUCACGAUUUGGUGACCAUCGUCUACCCGCCAGGAUGUCGAGAAGUGAGCGAGGAUUUGGGUCCGGACGAGAUGAUCCGUCGUCUGAAGACCCUGGCUCACACAUUCCAAACCCUGAGUCAGGCCGAAGAUGAGUCGACGUAUGCAGAUUACACGCCGUUGGCCAUUCAUUUGGCCGACGAUUCGUACCUAAACAAUUCCUCCCGAGACGUCCAACUUUUAGUGGCGUGUUGCAUUGCGGAUAUUCUGCGGAUUUUCGCCCCCGAAGCCCCUUACAAAGACACGAAACAGAUCAAGACCAUAUUCUACUUCUUGAUCAAGCAAUUGGGCGGACUUCGGGAUCCCAAGGAUCCGGCAUUCAAGCGAUAUUUCUAUCUCUUGGAGAACUUGGCUUACGUCAAGUCCUUCAAUAUGUGCUUUGAUCUCGAGGAUUGUAGCGAGAUCUUUUGCGCUCUCUUUCAACUCAUGUUCAAGAUUGUCAAUGGAGAGCAUUCGGGCAAGGUCAAAAGCUUCAUGUUGGACGUGUUGACGCCUUUGAUCACGGAGGCGGAUUUCGUUUCCAACGAGUUGCUGGACAUCAUCCUGAUUAAUAUUGUGGAUCCGCAAAAGAGCCAACAGAAGAAUGCCUAUUCCCUGGCCAAAGAUCUGGUCGUCAAAACGAGUGCCACUUUGGAGCCCUAUAUUCAACAGUUUUUCAACCAAGUGCUGAUCUUGGGCAAAGUGGACCAAAAGUUGCAAAUCUCUCGCAAGGUGUACGAUCUGAUCUAUGAAUUGAACCAUAUCUGCCCGAGGAUUCUCCUCACAGUUUUGCCGCAAUUGGAGUUCAAACUCAAAUCGACAGAGGAAGUGGACAGAAUGGGAUCGGUCGCUUUACUAGCUCGCAUGUUUUCUGAGGUGAACUCGAAUUUGGCCACCAAUCAUCGUCAGCUUUGGUUGGCCUUCUUGGGUCGCUACAACGAUAUUUCGGUGGCGAUUCGGAUUAAAUGCGUACAAUACACGAUGCAUUUCCUUCUGAAUCACCCGGAACUCAUCGGCGAUAUCAAAGACACGCUUGAACUUCGUCAACAUGAUCCAGAGGAGAACGUGAGAUACGAGGUGGUCAUGGCCAUUGUGACCACAGCCAAACGCGAUUUUGACGUGGUUUCUCGGAGCGAAGAGCUUCUAAACUUUGUCAAGGAGAGAACUCUCGAUAAGCGAUUCAAAAUCCGGAAAGAAGCCAUUUCCGGUCUGGCCAUGAUCUACCGGAAGCACCUGAGUAAUCCGCAAAAUGUGCCCGAGGCCACGAAAAAUGCCGUCACGUGGAUCAAAGAUAAAAUCUUGCACGGAUAUUACAUGCAAGGAAUGGAGGAUCGAUUGUUGGUGGAGCGCCUCCUCAACACCUGUUUGGUGCCCUUCAACAUGGACACCACUGAGAGGAUGAAGAAGUUGUUCCUAUUGUUCGCCACCAUCGACGAGAACGCGUGUAAAGCCUUCAUUGAGAUCCAAAAGAAUCAGUUUGUGGUGCGGAAAUGCGUGUCCGAAUUGGUGGCCCUCCAUCGAUUGCCGCCGAGUGAGAAACGUGACCGGGAGAUCAAGAUCAAGAUCCAAGCCACUGCCAAGCAUCUCCCCGAACCAGUGAAGGCCACCGAAUUCAUCCGCAAGCUGUCCGCCCAUCUCCUUACGGAUAAGGUCAUGUUAGCGAACAUGGAGAAGAUCACGGACGGCGUUUUAUCCUGCUCGGAAUGCAUGGCCACUGUGAAUCAAGUCCUGAAAAAGCUGGGCUCUCCUAUCAUGACCAACUUGUACUACGGCACUGUCAAGCAGCUUUUGGAGCGGAUUUCUAGCGUUAUGGUGGAUGAUGUGGCCAUCCGAGAAUUGGCCGGUUUGGUCCAAGAAGCCUUGAACGCCGGCGACAUUCUUGAGGAACUUGGUCUGGACUCCAGUCGAGCGGGUGAACGUGGUUUGCGCCUCCUCAUGGUCUUGUCCUUCGUAUUCGCGCCUCAUUACAUGUACACUGAUGUCUUGAACAAGAUCGUGGGUCUGCUCAAGACUCCGGCGGACUUCGUGGCUCCUCUAGCUUUGUCCGUUCUCACUUAUAUCGGAAAACAUAAGCCUUUGGGUGACGAUUUCCCAUCCAUUCUCCAAACGUUGACGCCGAUUUGCAAAGAUUUUGUGAAUAAUGGAACUCCCAAGCAAGCCAAGCAGAGUAUCAAGUGCUUGUUUAUGAAUGCGACGGAAACGCAAGACGCAGUGUUCACCGAGAUCCUGGAGAUCAUCAAGACCAACCUAGAUCCGGCCAAAGGUGAUCAAUAUCGCACGGCCAUCGUCGCUUUGGGUCAUGUGGCUUUCCAUUUGCCGGACAAGUUUCCCAUUCAAAUCAAGAACUUGGUCUCGCGAAAGAUUGUCAAGGAACUGCUCAUCCAAGAUCGGACUGAGGUGAGUUCCCAAGGCAAAUUGAAGUCCCUUGAAUUUGUUGGCUACGAUCGGGUUGAUCGGGAAUUUCAGGUGCAUGUGGACGGAAGCUUGGCUUGGUGUGAUGAGGAGGACCUACCCUUGGAGACUCGAUGCAAGAUGGAAGGGAUGAAAAUGAUGGCGCGGUGGUUGAUUGGCCUGAAAGAUGACAAGGACGAUGAUAAGACCAACUCUGUGACGAUCUCAGCCCACAAGACCUUCAGGAUCCUCAACGCAUUUGUGUCCAAUAAGGGCGAUCUCAGAGAGGAAGGCAAACCCAGUCCUGCUGAGCGGGCUUGGUUUCGAUUGGCUGCGGGUUGUGCCAUCCUGAAAAUAUGUGAACAAAAAGGUGUAGGUGACAAGUACACGCUGGAUCAGUUCUACACGUUGUCCACUCUCUUCACCGAUCCCAUUCCUCAAGUUAGGGAACGAAUCCUGAUCAAGCUCCACAAGGGAUUGGGCCGAGGGAUCCCGAACAAAUGUCUCCCCUUGGAUUUCAUGGGAUUGUACGCUUUGGCUGGCUUGGACACGGACAAGAAGUUGCUCCAUAUGGCAAGACAAUACAUGACCAUUGAUAUUGGCAAGCGGAAAGACUACGUUAAGAGCUUGAUGAUGUCCGGAGCAGCCGACAAGUUUUCCAAUCAAAUACAUCGGAUAAUGCCCGAUUACAUGAUUGUGUUCGCUAUCCCGUUGUUGACCCACUAUCACGGAUUUCCCGUCUAUGACGACGAAGAAGCGCUCAAAAAACUCCAAUCUGCCUUAUGGUUCAUCAUGGAACCCUUGAUGACCAAAAACGACAAUUUCUCCUUCGGCUUCUACAAAACUCUCAUCGAAAAGAUCAAGAACCACUCGGACGCCCGAAACGCCGAUGACGAGGCCACAAACUAUAAACUCUGGAGCAUGUGUGACCUGGCCAUGGGCAUCCUCAUCUCAAAGACCUCAAACUACGAGCUCAAAGAGUUUCCAGCUGAUCUGGAGAUUCCUCGACUCUUCUACACGCCACCCGACGACCCGAAUUUCGUCAAUGUUCUCAAUUAUUUGCCCGCUGAUAUGAUGGCCAAGAUCCCUAAGAAGUCUAGUAUGAUCAACUAUAUCCCCACUGUGAGUGCACAAGCCGUGAUGGUGAAGAAAGACAAGGGCGGCGCCUCUGUCAACAACGCUACUACGGCGGGCACUUCCAGUUCCGCCAUCAACGUUGUGACGGAGAAUCCCCUGCCCAGUAGCGAUAACGAUGCCAAUGGAACCACCGAGUCGCAAACCAUCUAUGACCCAGAUCCGUCUCAAGAGUCGAAUGGAAGGGUUCCGAGAAAACGCGGUCGACCUCCUGGGUCCACCAAAGUAGCCGCCGCAUCGCCCGUUACGGCUGAGGACACGCAUGAAGAAGAGGACGAAGCCGGCCGAGAAGAGGAAAAAGGCCAGAAGGACGAUGAGAAGGCCGACCCAAUCCCGGCCAAGCGGGCACGAUCAACGCGGGCCGGAGGAACCAAAGAGAAAGACAACACCCCCGUUCAAGAAGAGCCAGCUACAACCUCAGGCCGUCCAAGAAGAGCAGCCGCGGCGGUCAAAAAGUGAACGGAAACACGAUCUUUCGCGUCCCCAUUGAUUUCAGUAUUGCUUUAAUUAUGACCCUGUCUCCCUUUGAAACUUGAGCUAGCUAUAGAAUAAUGGACUUGUCCCCCCCCCCUUCUUCAUUGUUGUAACAAAUUUAGUUGCGUGUGGCAAAAAGAAACAAAGAACUCUCAUUGUUGUCGUCCUGAUCUUCUUAUCCUGGAAUUCACACAACGCAAGGGAAUGAAGGCCACAUGACCUGUUUAUGCCUAUUUACACGAUUGAACUUUCAAUGUAACUAUAAUAUGACAAUAAAUAUUGCACUCGGAA